AUGCCCUGGCGGCCGCUGCCUCGCAUUGCUUUUGCGGUGGCCAUCUAUCCGUUUCACCCCUCCUCUCCUGCGGACCUCCCCCUCGAACUCGGCGAUGAAUUGUAUAUUAUUGAACAAGGUGGUUUAGACGGCGAAUGGUGCCGCGGAUAUCUUGUUGCGCCACCGUCCUUGCUGGCGGGUUUGACAAGUACCAAGGGCCUGACACUCGAGGCCCGCGUCUUCUCGGGUAUCUUUCCGCGGAACUGUGUUGAGAUCCGGGAAGUGCUUGGCGACGGCGAGGGAUAUAAGGCUCUACUCAAUGGCGACCGGAAAAGUGUAGAUCGCCUGACCCUGCCAGGUCUGUCGGGACUAGAGGCCGACCUGGUGUCGCGCAGCAGUGUGGCCUACUCGGUCACCGAAUCCCAGGCUGGCGGUGAGGUGUCGGAGGUGGUAGUUGCGAAGAAGGGCAAGCCCGCACAGAUUGUGAUUCACAAAAUAGACGAGUCUGAUCUAUCCAACCCGAAUUCCGCGCAUACCUAUCGAACCGGUUCGAUCCCGCAUACACCUGUGACCCUCGCUCCGCGCGACCCCGAUGCGCCAAAGCCCGCUGCCCCCGUGCCGAUGCUCAAGAUUGGCGACGAGACACCCACGUCUCUAACGGAGCCAUUGGUCGACGAAAUCGCCUCCUGCUUGCGUGAAUGGCACUCGACGAACUUGCACGAGCUGCUCCUGGCUCGUCAGUAUGAUGUGUUGGAGGAAAUGUCGACAAUCGUCCAGGAACUGGAUUUCGCGAGACGCCAAUUGCUGCACAAUGUGUUGACGGGCAAAGAGAAGGAGUCGCUUCGGGAUGAGACAGUCUGGAAGCUUGUCAGGGCCAACAAGAUGCUGAGUGGGGACACCAUCGUACGGGAUCCCGAGCAGCGAGGCCGAUUGUUGACGGGUGAAGACUCGGCAAUUCAACUUGCGAAGCUCCAGUCCGAAAUGAGCAUGCUCGAUAGCAGCCCCGUCGCCAACUCCGAUACUACUGCUCUGAACCACCUCUUGCUGGAGAUCAACGCAGUAUCGGGGAAUGCCCCGGGACCUGUUUCUCUCGGGAUUCAGCUGUAUUCGCGGUCUGACUCUGGCAUAUUCAAUCCAAUGUCUGAAACCUACAGCCUCGAUAUACCAUCUCCUGAUAAGUUUGUCAGUUUGACCCAAAGCAGUAAACUAAAGACGCUCUUCACCGAGCUCGCUGCAACGGAUAUUGGAGAUGGCUCCCCGAAUGGCCGCCAGCUCUAUGUUGUUGCCUCCGUGCGUGCGGCAGAAUCCCGGUCGACCGUCGACAACAUUCCCGUCUCAAGAUCAUCGAUAUCACGCGAAGGCUCUGCGGCUUCAAAAGCAGCUGCAACUGGCGGAGUCCAGCCUUCGGUUAAGGGCAGUCUGCGAACACGGCGCAGCAUGAUGUGGGCACCCAAGACUCGAGGCUCGCCCAGUUUGGACCAAACACCUAGGUCUGCUGCUCCAGGAGCUCCGCGGUCGUCGAGUAGCUCGUCCGCUCCGCAAGAUCCAAAUACGCCCCAGCCUACCCCAACGAAAGAAAGCUCUGCCAUUCGGACCAUCGGUGUGGGUAUCCUGGAGGUAUCUCCAAUUCUACGACAAGACAAGGACACGGAAUCCGUCAUCAAUAUCUGGUCUCCCCCUCGAGAAGGCGAAGAAGGCGAGGGACAUCCAGACGGGUUUGAAAAGCUACUGCAUACUCUCCUCCCUAGCCCGUCUGGUCGGUAUGUACGUGCAGAUACUGCUCGAUUGCACAUACAUCUGCAUCCAUUCACUAGUACCGACCCAGAAACCCUCGUGCGCCAGAACCCGACAAUACUCCAGGAUGUUGUACAGACCCGCCGUAUCGGUUUCUCCAAGGCACCCACCAAGCCACGAUCAGAUAUCUACGUGACGAUUUCGCAGGCUAUUUUCCCUACAGAUGCUCUUCUGUCUCACCCAACGGCUGGCCAGGUUUCUCUGCAGUCAACUACCGAUCUUCGCAACCUCCAGCUUACACUAGAAGUCCGCGAUGCCUCUGGUGCGCGGGUGGAUAAAUGCGUCUUCCCUUCAUCUGCUAACACGUCACACACUGCUUGGCGGACGACAAUUGCCGAACGGGGCACACCCUGGUACCAGACUAUUCGCCUGAACAUCCCCACUGAGAAGAUCCCCGGCUCGCACAUGAUCAUGAGCGUUGCCGAUGCGCCAGAGUUUCCCUUUGCCCUCGCCUGGAUGCCUCUUUGGGACCAGCAGGCUUUCAUCCGUGAUGGUCAGCAUUCCCUGCUGCUCCAUGCCUAUGACAAGCAGACAUCUAGUAUUGAGAACGGAAAGGGCGCGUACUUGAAUCUUCCGUGGAGUGCCUUGGGUAAGAAUGAGUCGGCCAAAGACGAAGCGGUUACGGGCCCUUUGGCAACUUUGCGCCUCCAGACUCAUCUCUGCAGCACGGAGUACUCCCAGGAUCAGGUUAUUUUGAGCCUGUUGAACUGGAAAGAGCGGCCCGUUGACGAGGUGCUGAAUACCCUCAAGCGCUUGCUUUUCGUCCCGGAGAUGGAGAUCGUCAAGCAACUCCGUGGAGUAUUCGAUGCACUCUUCGGCAUUCUGGUUGAGAACGCCGGCAACGAGGAAUAUGAGGAUCUGAUUUUCAACAACCUGGUCACCGUGCUCGGCAUCGUUCAUGAUCGCCGUUUCAAUUUGGGCCCUCUGGUUGACCACUAUGCGGACGAACAAUUCAAUUUCCCAUUCGUGACGCCAUGCCUUAUUCGGAGCUACCUGCGCCUUCUGAAUGCCGCUACCGAUGUCCACCAGUCCCGUAACCUCCGCGCCGCGUUCAAGGUUGGACGACACCUGCUCAAGUUCAUCAUCAAUGCCCGUGAGCAGCAGAAAGCGAAGGAAGAAGGUAUCGGCAUUACCUCGGUUCAGUCAACCUUCAACCGGGACUUGCACACGAUCUUCAAGUCCAUGGAAAGCCUUAUGAAGAACUCUUCCCCAGCGUUGGUCGGAAGCAAGACUUUGAUUGUGCAGCACUUCCACUAUUGGCUCCCUGAGCUCUCCAAGGUUCUUGGCCGCGACGAGAUGAUUAUGAUUGCUUUAAGUUUCAUGGAUUCCUGCAAGGAUGUGACGGGCAUGUUGGUUCUUUACAAGCUGGUCCUCAUCCAGAGCUACACGCAGUUCGAGAUUUUUGCUUCCGGAGACGAGAGACAGACUCUGAUCUCUAGCUGCGUGGGCUGGUUGACCCCUUACUGGGGCUCGACUACCAGCGUGUCUGAUCAGUAUCGUGACCAGGUUCGGCUCAGCAGUGCAAUUGUGGCCCAGUUGCUGACCCAGUCUCAUCCUCAACUUUACGAUUUCAUGCCGAGCAUUGUUGCCUCUUACUGUGCUAUUUCUGCGGAGGGAGUGGAUGAAACGGAAUACUUGUCUCUCCUCUUUAGCAAGUCUUUCCCCUUCCAGGUCAAGGUCUCCAAGACUCCUCAGAGGUUCGAUGAAGCGUUGGUCGAGUUGUCUGCGAUCAUGGCAGCCAUUUCCAAGAUCGUGUCACCCAAGACUCCCAACCUCAAUGAGCUGGAGCUCGCGACCUUUGUUGGUCAGGCUCUCGAGGCACACAACUCUAUCAUCGAUUGCGAGGCCUACCCGGAGAGCUGGUUUAGUAUUCACGUGUACAAUCACCGCGCAGCAAUCAAGGGUUUGGAGCACCUUGCUCUGCUCCUGAUUGAUAAGCUACUUCCCGAUGCUGAUGAUGCUGACGACUUCGACACAAAACUCUGGGAGUCAUUCUUCACGACGUUACUGAAGGUGAUUUCUAGUGACGCCCUGGCUUUGGAGACCUUCCCCGAGCAGAAGCGCCGCGCGGUCUGGAAGAUUGCGGGCGAUGUCCGUGAGCAGGGUGCCGAUCUGCUGCAUUCUACGUGGGAGGCCAUUGGUUGGGACACCACCGAUGAAGAGCGAGAACGAUUCGGUUUGAAGAAGCUGGGUGGUUACCAGGUUCAGUAUGUACCGAACCUGGUGCCUCCUAUCAUUGGGCUGUGUCUGAGCGUGCACGAGGGUCUUCGUCAUGCUGCUGUUCACAUUCUCCGGACGAUGAUUCUCAGUGAGUGGGAUCUUAACCAGGAUAUCUCAAUUAUCGAGACCGAAAUCAUUUCCAGUCUGGACUCUCUGUUCAAGGUCAAGCAUAUGAGUGAAAGUGUCAGCCAGAAGAUUUUCAUUGGUGAAUUGCUGGACUUGUUUGAAGGGGAUGCGGAAUUUGAUGAGGACCUGUUCAAUGCGGUUAAGGGCCUGAUUGCUACAGUUGAUGAACUCCUCGACCUGCUGGUUGCCUCGCAGAGCAGCACUUCGACCCAGAGCCUCCAUGCCUUGAAGCUCAUGGAGUACAUGAAGGACAUGGGCCGCGAGGAUAUCUUCAUCCGUUAUGUCCAUGAGCUUGCCGACCACCAGUCCGCCUAUGACAACUUCACUGAAGCCGGUCUGGCACUCCAGUUCCAUGCCGACCUCUACGAUUGGGACGUCAACAAGCCUCUUCCCGAGCUACUGACACCGGCCUUCCCGGCUCAGACUGCCUUCGAGCGAAAGGAGUCAUUGUACUUUUCGAUCAUCCAGCACUUUGAGAACGCCAUGGCCUGGGCUCCUGCUUUGGCUUGCUACAAAGAACUCGCAGCACACUACGAGAGCACGACAAUGGAUUUCGCCAAACUUUCCCGCGCGCAGAGCUCUAUGGCUCGUAUUCAUGACUUUAUCGCCAAGGGCGGCAAACAAUUCCCUCGGUACUUCCGCGUCGUCUACAAGGGUCUCGGAUUCCCGCCCAGCCUGCGUGAUAAGGAGUUCAUCUUUGAAGGAUCCCCUACGGAACGUAUGGCGUCGUUUGUGGAUCGUAUGCAGCGGGAGCACCCUACUGCGCAGAUCAUGUCAUCCAGUGAAAUUCCUGAUUACGAGGGUCAGUUCCUUCGGAUCAGCGGUGUCACGGCCCAUCGUGAUAUUUCUCAUCCCGUGUAUCAACGGUCGAAGGUGCCUGGUUCCGUUCGUGAGCACCUGUUGAUUUCGGAUCCGUCUCGCUUCUCGGCUACGUCUAGGCGACACACAAGCAGCUCGGAUGUGCGUGAGCAGUAUGUUGAGAAACUUAUCUUCAGUACCGCGGAGCCUUUCCCGAAUAUCCUUCGCCGUAGCGAAAUUAUUGCCGUCAAGGAGAUUGCCCUGUCUCCCCUGCAGACUGCCAUUGAACGGACAUGGCGCAAGACGCAGGAACUACAGCUUCUGGAGCGUCGGGCUGCCUCGGGUGAGGACAAUGGCUUAUCGAAUCUCACCGAGGCUUUGGAGCAGCUACUGGAGACGCGCUCCUCCCCGACGAACUGCGUUGCUGUUUACCGCGCGUUCCUCAGCGGUGCUCAAGGAACUAAGGAGAGCAAGAACGAGGAGACGGCAGAGACCGAGGACGAUGAUGACGAGAUGGAUGAUGAAGAAGAGACUCCAGAGACCAUGGACCCGAUGGAGAAUGCUCUCGCAGUCGCGCUUAUCGACCAUGCUCUGGCCAUCAAGCAUGCGCUGUCUCUUUAUCAGCGUCCCGCUCAGCAAGCUACUCAAGCUGAGCUGCUCCGUCGCUUUGAGGCCGUCUUUGAACCCGAACUUGCGUCCCUCUCGACCACCCCGCCGGAAUACUCAUCACCGACACCUACCCAGCCUGCCCGCCGGACUCCCUCAUCAGAGACGCGUCGCAAACAGGCUGUGCAGCGAUCUGUCAGCCCGGAGCAGGAGCUUAUCCGGGCGUCCCGGGGUAAUACGCACCACCGUAAGCGCCCAGAACGGCAAUCGGUCAGCCAUCGGAUCAGCAUAAUCAACCCGUUCAAGCGGUCGCACGGCGCCUCGAACUCCAUUUUCACGAUCCAGCAGUCCCCCGAGAAGGCCCUGAAUGCGCUGAACGGUACAGGUGACCUUGAGGAGACACCCGAGGACGACACCGCCACCAUUCACAGUCGAGCCACGAGUCAAUCCCGGGGUGGUAAGAGUGACAAGCGGCGCAGCUGGUUCGGCGGCGACAAGAUCAAGCAUGGAUCUUCUCCCUCCGUAGCUGCCGUCGGCGAGGAGAUGAUCCACGGCACAUCUCUAAAGAAACGGCCCUCACGAAGUGACACAGCCGCCCAGUCCCAUGACGGCCGCAGUCGCGCGGGCUCCCAGCACCGCGGCGGCCCAGCUGCUACCGGUGCGGUCGGCUCGCCAUCCGAGCGUCCAGCUCCUCCUGCCUCCAGUGGAGGCUGGUCUACCAUCCCUUCGACGCGCGAUUAUUCGCGCCCAGUGACGCGGGACAGUGCCCACACGAGUCGCGACCAGGCAGGGAGUUUGAACGGGGGCACGUCGCGGGCAUCAGUCUCUGCGCAGCAGCCGGUUAAUGGCGCCCAUAAUAAUAAUGGCAUGCGUGACUCGGUUUUCCGUCGGUUUAGUCUUUUGAAGGGGGUUGGGCGGAAGACUAGUCGGAUGGAUUUUAAGGCUAAUGGGACAUUGCAAGAGGAGUAA